UGCAGACCAUCAACUCUGAGCAUGACUCUGCACAAGAGUCUCAUGCCGAAGGCCCAAAGAGCAUGCGCCACAGACGGCGCAGGAGAUAGGAUGAAGAAGCCCUACAAGUGUGCUUCGAUCGGUAAUAACAGACAGCAUGCAAAUCAGAACCAAGCGCAAGACGGCGUCAACUCUUACUGGCGUCCUUACUUUCACUCGUCUCGAAGCAUUUGAGGACGAUUCUAUCAAGGUCCGAUACCAGCGGGAACUUCAAGAACCAUGGUCGAUCGAGAAAUUCGAAUCUUGUGUCCUCAAAUACUACAGCACCGAAGGACGUGCACUGGCACAAAGAUUGUCGCGCGAAGCAUUUGCCGCAGCAUUCCAUCUCAAACUCGACAGCAAGGAAGCAGAUGCAGUUUCUGUCGUCCGUGAAUCCGACGCUCCGGGCGUUGCUCUUCGAGUGGUUACUGAUCCAAAGUCUCGGCUUGCGAUAGAAGCCAUGUUUCUCAUGGUCAUCUUUGGAGGUUUCACUGAGGAUUUUCAUGGUAAAGUCACCGGCAAGAGCCAAGAGAUCCUUGAGUGCUAUCUGAAAAGGCUACCGGCGCUACCCGUACGUCAAGAAGCGAUUAUCCUUGAUAUAUUAUACACACUCGCACCUUGGCAACCGAUGCCAGCAAAUCGAUAUCUUGACCAAGGCUAUUUUGCGCAAAAGUGGACUGACAUGACAAUGAUCUCAUCUAGGUCAUCCGUUCCUGCGAGGAAUCCCUGGGUAGGUAUCCCUCCAGCGUCAAUUGCCGUAGUUCCCCACGGUAUAUUCCCCUACUGCAUGAACGAGCUCCGCCGUAAGGUCAACGAAGUGGUCCAAGAGCCGCUCUGCUACCAGCGACUGGGACUGAAAACCUCUGCCAUGGCCAUGACGAUGGCAAUGGACGGCGAUCAUGACGCUCACCGUGCCGAAAUUGACGAAAUCGUUCUGGAGUUGAAAUACACGCAUUUCCAAUCGUCGAGUCUCUUCAUGUUCUAUGACAAAACGUUGUGCACGGAUCCAGCGAUCGAGAAUUUGCGCGAUAUGCCGAAAACCUCCUAUGAGACAAAUGUCAGCAUUGGAGAGUACGCCGCGCGGAACACUAAAAUGGAAGAGAGCGACCUCGAAGGACUCGUAUGGUAUCCGAUGGCGCUCAACACUACGCGAGAUGGAUGCGAGUUCCUGACCCGCUGGUUCGACUGGGCCUUGAAGAAGGGCUUCCUGAAAUUAGUUCCCAAAGAUACACCUCCGCGUGUCAAGAUCAAUCUCCGCCGAGGCGAUUAUCAGCUAAUUCCUUACGCCCAGUAUCUGACUGAAUGGCACGGCGUCGACGCUCUUGUGCAAGAGAUCGAUAUGUGUGCUGCUCUGGAGGAGCGUGACGCUCGCGCUGCUGAGCUUCACGAACAGUAAGAAGAUAAUCCUGGUGUUGUUUUGCGAAGUCUUGGAAUCAUUCGGGAUGGAUCGCGUCGUCGUGUUUGGAAGUCUGGGACGAAAGCGUUGAAUGUGAUAUAGCCGAUCUCCUUUGCAUUGCUGGGAAAUUGCAGAUUAUUGGAUGCUUUCCACAGGUCAAGAACACACAUGUCAUCAG